AUGCCGAUAAGGGCUGGCCCUAGCGCUAUGCCUGUCUCGGAUGCGUUGCUCUCUGUUCCUGAAUCGGGGCGUAGGAAGCGCUACUGGAAUCUAUCGAUACGAAACAAGGAGCAUCCUCUGGCGGGGGUGGUCCUCUGCUUCACCUCCAUUCUCCCCGAAGAGCGGUCUGAACUAGCGCUCGUCGCGGGUCAGAUGGGAGCAACCCACAAGUACGACCUGACCUCCGACGUCACGCAUCUCCUCAUCGGCGAGGUCAACACCCCCAAGUACAAAUUCGUCGCGAAGGAGCGACCCGACGUGAUCGUCGUGCGACCGGAAUGGGUGGAAGCGGUGCGCCAGUCCUGGAUGCAGGGCGGGGACACAGACAUCCGCGCCCUGGAGGAUGAGUACCGGUACCCGACUUUUGCUGGCCUGUCCAUCUGCAUCACGGGGUUCGAGGAUAUGACGCUGCGGAACCAUAUCGAGAGCACAGUUACCGCGCAUGGGGGCGAGUUCCGCAAAGACCUGACGAAGAACGCCAGUCACCUCGUGGCGAAGAAUACCGAGGGCGAGAAGUACAAGUUUGCCACGCAGUGGGGGAUCAAGGUUGUCACUGUGAAGUGGUUUACGGAUACGCUUGAGCGAGGGAUGGUCCUGGAAGAGACGCUGUAUCACCCUCUCCUACCGGAGGAGAAUCAGGGCGUCGGGGCCUGGAGCCGAGCGCUGCCUGCGCCGAAGCCGAAGGCCCCCGAGGCCGAGAACCCGUCGAAUCCGAGACCGAGGAAGCUGCGCCGGAUUGCCAGCGUCAAGCUGGAGGACCAGAAUAAAGGGAUCUGGGGCGAUAUUGUCGGCACGGGAUUCGAGAGCAGCAGCGAGCCGAAGCCGGCCAGAGAGGGCCUGCGGAGGAGUGAGUCUCUUCAGAAGAGCGCGUCCAUACUGCAGGCAUCCCGGUCAUUUGCGAGCGAGACUACCUUUGCAGAGGCUCAAGAGCCUCGCCCGCCGGCCGCGGAACCCGUAGAGGAGCACCGCAACGGCUUCUUGGAUGGCUGUUUCUUUUUCAUCCACGGGUUCUCUUCAAAACAGACAACUGUACUCCGCGAUCACCUCUCCUUCAACGGGGCCCAGAUGGUGGGAUCUCUGAGCGAGUUCUCUCGACCGGACAUACCCAAAAGAGGCCACGGCCUAUACACGAUCGUACCGCACAAGAUGCCUCGCACGCAGGUCCCUUCCACCGACGAUCUCGCCUUCGAGUGCGAAGUGGUGACGGACAUGUGGUUGGAACGAUGUCUCGACGCGAAGAAGCUCGUGCCCCCUGAGUCGCAUAUCGCCAACACCCCGAUUCCCUCAUUUCCCAUCAAAGGUAACCAAACCCCCCGCCUGCCUAUUCUCUAUCACGGAAGAUAUAUAACAACAGCAGGCUUUGCCGGGAUGAAGGUCUGUUCCACCGGGUUCUCCCGUAUCGACCUUCUCCAUCUACUGAAACUGGUCAACCUAAUCGGUACGCACACCACCUCCAAUCACCUCCUAUAUCUAACCCCCCUAGGUGCAACAUACAACGAGUAUCUAACCCCGACUGCCUCCGUCCUGAUCUGCAACCCAUCGGUCCCCACGAACGCAGACAAGCUCCGCCACACGCAAGAAUGGGGCGUGCCCGCCGUCUCCGCCGACUGGCUGUGGGCCUGCAUCCGGACGGAACAGAAACAGUCGUUUGACAACUACCUGGUCCAGAAGCCACCCACGCAAAGCCGAAAGUCCCUGGAAGCGCGAGCUGGUUCUCGCCCAGAGCAACCGCAGCCGCAGCCGCAGCCGCAGCCGCAACAACAGCCUCAAAAGAAUAACGAGAACUCCACGACUAGCCACGACAUCUCGCCAGCCAAAGCUAGCGCCAGAAACACACCCACGCGCCAGAAAAGCACCGAUCCCAAAACAGGCCUCGCAUCACCAUCAAUAUCCCAAAACACGCCGUCAAAGCAGAACCAGAAGCAGGCCUUUAAACCGAGCUCUCCUGCAUCGAUCACCUCUCCCCUCAAACGCAAAUCAUCUCCCCAACGCACCACCACCACCACAGCUCCAGCUACAACUACAGCUACGACGCAAUCGGCCCUCAACCUAACCGUAACCAACCUCCUCAAACACGCCCGCCCCGACACCUCCAACACCAAUCCCAAUCCAAAUCCCAACCCUGCAGCCACAGCCACAGCCACCGGCUCGACAGAACGAAUCCGCCCCCGCGGCCGAAUCCGCAAACCGCUCCUCGGCCGCGCCCCCUCCACAACAUCCACCACGACCUCCCUCUCCCAAAACCAGCCUUCCAACCCCAACGCCCCAAUACCACAACCACAGCCACAACCACAACCACAGCUCAAAGGCCUCUCCCGUGCCAGCUCAAUCGACACCCUCAACGAAGAUGGCACCGGCAGCAUCAUCGGUAUCGACUCCACCGACGGCACCGGCACCGGCCCAACCCUCCCCCGCGCGAACUCCAACAUAUCCAACUACGUCCCCCCACCCUCCCCACCCCACAUGGCCAAGCCCAUAACCACACUCUCCGAAGAAGAAGAAUCCGGCGACCCCCCCAUGACGCAACUCGACUACGAGGACCCGGACGCCGUCGCCAUGCGCGAAAAGUUCCUGCAUCAGGCCGGGAAGGUCGUUGCGAAGAAACAUCCCGGAGAUGGCGAGGGCGAUGGCGCGGGCGGGAGGAAGAAGCAGCGGCUUGUGCCGGGGGGGUUGGAGGCGGAUAUCUUGGGCGCUGGGGGGGUCGGGGUUGGGGCGGCGAGGAGGACUAGGAAUGCGGUGAGGGUUUCGGAGGAGUAUUGA